CAUGAAUAUAUAAAAUAUUUUAAAGUAAUUGAUUUGAUAUCUAAAAGGUGUAAAUAAGCCCUUGACAUCAGCAGGUACUGUAACACACUUCUCCCCCUUCCUUUUUGGGACAAAGUACAAAUGAUAAACCACAGAGCCUAGGGCUUGCCGAUCAGAAGGUCGGCGGCGUAUCCCCGCAAUGGGCUGAGCUCCCAUUGCUCAGUCCCAGCUCCUGCCAAUCUAGCAGUUCGAAAGCACGUCAAAGUGCAAGUAGAUAAAUAGGUACCACUACAGCGGGAAGGUAAACAGCGUUUCCGUAUGCUGCUCUGGUUCGCCAGAAGCGGAUUAGUCAUGACCUGGAAGCUGUACGCUGGCUCCCUUGGCCAAUAACGCGAGAUGAGCGCUGCAACCCCAGAGUCAGUCACAACUGGACCUAAUGGUCAGGGGUCCCUUUACCUUUACCUAAAAAUGAUAACUGAGAUGAAUAUAACAUCAGUCUGGCAACUGCUUAAGACUUCUUGCUAGCAUGUUUCCCCUGAAACCUCUGCUCUCCCAGCCACUUUUCUUUCUGCAGGGAUUCAGACCCCUGUUUGCAAAUAAACACAGGGCUACCGGUAGAAAAAAAUCAUGGGAAAAGCUUUCAAAUGAAAUGUGUUGCCGGGAAAUGAGCUAAGUACUCCCUUCCAAGCCAUCCCUCUAUUGCAAGUCACCCUUUUCCCCAAAGAUCCUUGACGAGGAAAAAUAUGUCACUGGGCCAAAACUAGGGUUGGUUGUAAUGCUUGGUUUGGCCCUAAAAGGAUGGCAAGAGGAAUAUUUCCAUCAAAUAUAGGCUGGUUCUCAUAGGCCAAUAAGACAUAUUAUAUGGUGGUUGGUUGCUUGGUGCUUCUCAUCUGAAAUGUGUGAACUGUCUGUAUUAAAAAAGCAUUAUGUUUGUAAGGUAAAGGUAAAGGACCCCUGGAUGGUUAAGUCCAGUCAAAGGCAACUAUGGGGUUGCAGCGUUCAUCUCGCUUUCAGGCCAAGGGAGCCGGUGUUUGUCCGCGGACAGCUUUCCGGGUCAUGUGGCCAGCAUGACUAAACUGCUUCUGGCGCAAUGGAACACCAUGACGGAAACCAGAGUGCAUGGAAACACAGUGUUUGUACAUGCUAUACGGGAUAUGAAAAGUCUAUCUGCAGUUCUUGAUCUGUGAUGGCUUAUCAAGUCAUCUCUUUAGGCCUCAGUUCCCCCCUGAGAGAGAGAAAGUGGAUCAGGCUUCCCCAUCCCAGGGAAUCAAAUAUCACUGUUACCUUACAAUUAUUCUGUUGCAGCAUUAAUCUUGUGUGGCCUGCAAAAUGUGGUUUCCUCUGCCACAUUAGAGAAGUGGCGCCAUAGCCAUAUGCUAGAAUUAAACUCACCCCCUCACAGCUUGAUCCAUAAACCAGUUAAAGUAUAAAGUAUGUGGAUUUAAAUCCAAAUGGUUUUGUGACUGAUUCUCCCCAUGAUUCAGCAGUAAUAGUCAAAGCACAUCCACUAGAACAGGCAAUAGAGUUUCAGUUCUGUUCCUUGUCCUAUUACUUAGCAAUCAUUUUACCACCAGAUUGCUGCUUGCCCACUCAAGCAUGACAAAUAUUUGCUGCAUCUUGCUUUAUUUGUUAAAACUCCAUGUCCUAGAAGAACUGCAUUUGCAGCUAUGCGCGAUCAAUCAGAUUUAAAGUAAUUCUUAAAAGGAUUAAAUUUCUUCAAGGUAAAACUGAAAUGCUUGUUCAAAAUUGAUAUUGCAAUGCCCCAUUUCUCUUUCAAUCAGGUUAUUUUUUAUUCUAAGAAUUUCUUUUCUUUUUCAACUGAGAAGCAAUUUCAUCUUCAAUAUUUUCAAGCAAGAAUUUGUAUUCAUCUAAUUAUUAUCCUCUGGUUAACAAUCUUUAUUAUAAACCCAACAAAUUAAUCUUUCUCAGCAGAAGAGCAGGCAAAAAUCCUAAUAUAUUGUUUCAUGCUUUUAAAAAUGCUGAGGUGUCAGAAAGAAUAAAUGAUUAGUAAAGUUAUUGGCACAUAGACUUUCUUGAAAAUGAGAGCAUGCAUGGAUUUUUUAAAAGAAAAUAGCUAAGAAACAAGAGAACUUCAGUAACAGAAAGUAAGGGGUAGAGUGGGCUGUGUGGGAGAGACAUUGUUCUCUCUGGAAAAUCUUGUGGAAGAAGAAUGGCCAUGAAAAAAAGAAGCUGUGUUUUAAAACAUAUUUUAUGGUUUUCUCUUGUUGCCAUGAAACGCUAUAACGCAUUUCAGGCUAUGGUAUAUUAUAUAGGAAAUCCAGGAUUUAUAUCAGUAAUAUGGGAGUUCAUAUAUACACAUACAUUUGCGCACUCUCGCUUGCUUGCUCACUCGCUCUCUCUUGCUCUCUCUCUCUCUCGCUCACACACACACACACAAAACCAGUGUUGCAAUUAGUUAAGAAUUUGUGCUUCUAUUAGAUAUCGAUUUACUUGUAAUAUGUUGUCAGAAUCUGAAAAGGUGCAUCCCUGAGGAAAUGAGUAAUUGAAAUUGCUAUUAGAUUAUCUCUUCAAAGCAUACUUAAGAAUAUUGGAAUGUGAGGAAUAUGAAAUUAGUUGGUGAGUUCAGAAUUAAAUGAAGCUCAGAAAGCGGGUCAGUACAAGCAAUACAAAUGUUUAUGAAUUUGCCGAAGUUAAUUUGAAGUAAUUAAAUCCCCAGGAAGCCAGCCCAAAGACCUAGAGGAAGUGAAUAUUGAAGUGGUGAUGUUUGUUGAUGAUUCAAAGCAAUUUCUAGAUGAUUAAAAUAGAUUCUGAGGGAAUCCAAACCGUUUUCAUAACACCUGAGACAAGGCAGUUAAAUUAAAAAUAGAAUUUAAUGUCAAUGACAUGAUACACAUUAGAAAAGAAAUCCAAUCUGCUUUAUCUUUUGGGGUGGGUUCUUAAUUAGGUUCAUGUACACACCAAAGAGGGACGUGGGUUAAACCACAGAGCCUAGGGCUUGCCGAUCAGAAAGUCGGCGGUUUGAAUCCUCGCGAUUGGGUGAGCUCCCGUUGCUCGGUCCCAGCUCCUGCCAACCUAGAAGUUCGAAAGCACCUCAAAGUACAUAAAUAGGUACCGCUCCGGCGGGAAGGUAAACGGCGUUUCCGUGCACUGCUCUGGUUUGCCAGAAGCAGCUUAGUCAUGCUGGCCACAUGACGCGGAAGCUGUACGCUGGCUCCCUCGGCCAAUAAAGCGAGAUGAACACCGCAACCCCAGAGUCGGUCACGACUGGACCUAAUGGUCAGGGGUCCCUUUACCUUUACCUUUUUUACACAGCAAAGAUAACUUGGAUUAGUAAGACUACUCCUCAGAAAUAGCAGUAUAUUGCAGUAUAUUGCUUGGUUAUUGAGUGGAAGAACUAAAGCUGAACAGGAUUCACCUUCCAGAAAAGUCUCUAGAGGGUCAGUGGCCCCUUCUGAAGAACAUGUGAUGAGGAAGGAUUGGCUGCGGUGGGAAGCGGGAAUUGCGCAAAAUCAGCUGUAGGCCAAGUUUGCAUGUGAUGCCGCACAUCUGCGUUGCGGUGGUGGGCACCCACAAUGCUUCUAGGAAGCUAUAGUUUUCCAAACAUGCCAGGAUAUUAAGCCAGCUUUAAGUCAAGGCUUCAUAUCCUAAUUUGUUCAGAAACCAUUAUCCAUCCAGUACAGACUCAAAAGGAAACUAGUUUACAGUGGUACCUCGGGUUAAGUACUCAAUCCAUUCCAGGGUGCCAUUCACACCCCGAAAAGUACUUAACCUGAGCGGCUGUUUUAGCACAUGCGCGCAAAACAUGCAGAAUGCUUCUGCGCAUGCGCACAUGGCGGAACCCGGAAGUAAACAGUUCUACGUCCGCCACGUUCUUAUCCUGAAAGUACGCUACCCGCAGCAUACUUAACUCGAGGUAUGACUGUACUGAGACUUCCUGACUUAUGUAAAGGGAGGACUGCAGCAGUUGCAUGUGAGUUUAUAUCUUGGCUUAUUAACGUGAAACAUGAUUAUCCGAAUGCAUCCAGUGGCUUGCCUAAGGCCACCUUGUGAGUUCUUUUUAGAGAGCAGUUUUGAACUGUGGGCCUCUGCCUCCACAGUUUAAUUACUUAGGCACUCCAUCAGCCCUCAAGAGCUGUCCCACUAGUCGUCAUGAAGCAUGACAUUAUACUAGCACAUAGGAAAACUGCAGAUCUCAUAAAUUCUGCAACACAGACAUUUAGGAUUGCUGUGUGAGGCAAGCAUCGUCUUUUAAACAUAGAAACCUGAAGCACUGGGUUGCUCUGCUGGUGAUCUAAUGUACUUGUCAUCUAAAUAUUUGGUCUUCAACUGGUGAAUCAUGACCCAUUAGAGGGUUGCAACCUAGUCUUAAGGUGGAUUGCAUAGUCUGCUAACCAGCAGCAUAGCAAUUGCCAUCAAGGUGUGCUGUAGCUUAAGAUGGACCAUGGAGGUGCUAUGGUAAGAUUAAAAAAAAGUUUUACUCUCCUUUAUAAAUUAGUAACAUAGCUACCAAAAUAAAUACUUACAAAAAUCUUAAAAUUGCUUUGUUUGACUGGGAGAAGCAAGACAGAAGAGGCACUUUCAGUCACAUUCUUGUGAGCAGACCAAAAAUGCUUGCCUGCCGGGUAUCAUGGUUUCAGUGCAUAACACCCAGCCCCAUUGUAGAUUAUAAAGUGCUAAGCAACUUUCUGGUGCCAGUGUAACACAAUGGCAAUGAUGGCGAUACUCCCAUAGUACCCAUGCAAAUAAGACAUUGUCAGUUCCUAGCUACAAGGAUGCUAUUAUUAUGAUGGAACUAAUCCAUACUUCCUCCAGCACAUGAAGCAUCCCUUGGUCCAGUUUAGGAGAACAGCAAGUGACCCAUGAUAGCCACAAUUUUCAGAGCGUCCCUCUGACAAUGGUUCAGAUGUCUUCACAUUUAAAACACAACCAGCUGCAGUUUGCAAACCUUUAUUAAGCAUCCUUGCUGAGGCUUCUAUAUUCCUCCAAAUGCUCUGAUUGGCUGCUCUGCAUUAAUGCCAGUGGGAGUUUUUAAAAGUAUUUUGCUGGCAGAAUGUGGCACUAUGAUUCGAUGUGGGACCAAGUGAGCAUAGUAUCUGAGCUAAAGCCCUGCCCAGCAUAGUGUAAAGCAAAUUGGUAAACAUGUUUAUUUCAAGCAGUCAGCAAGAUAAAAUUCUGCUUCUAAACUGACUUCUCAGUUGGGCUCCUUUGAGUCAUCAUCCCCCCGCACCACCCCAAUAUAUGUUUUUGCCCUUAGGUGCGAUUUCUCAGCAGUUCUGUUUUGUAAUGUUGCAAUAUCUUAUGUCUUGGAAUGAUGUUUGGUGGAUAGUUAUUAUUGAAUUCAUUGGUACAUCUCAUGAGUAUUUUCGCUAGUGAUCGCAAAAUCUUGAAGCAUUACCGGAACCUUUCUUCUCAUCCAUAUUCCUAGCCCUUUAUUGCAUCUUGUUCUAAUUGGAUUUCGCUGAAGCGUAAAAAUAUAAAUAGUUUGUUCCAAGCCAAUAACAAUCUAUUUUGCCACCAUGGCAGUUCCUCAUAAAAUGCUUGCUUAUAUUUUGAUUUAUAAACUCCACUCAAUUAACCACAUCUUGUUGAUAGCAAUAAAGGGAGUGAACUAGCGAAGUCAAACUUAACUCUCUCCAGUUAAAGACAAUGAAGUGGGCAACACAAUCCCAUGUGUAUUUACUCAGUUUACUUGCAAGUAAGUAUUCUUAAAUUUCCUAGAAAAGUGCUGAAAUUUGGAUGGAUUGUGCCCCCAAGAAAUCGUAGCAUUGAUUUAUGUUCUUCUAGCUAUAUGUAUGACUGGCCAAACAGGAAUAAUUCUAUAACAGCAUAACAACAACAAAAACAACAACAACAACAACAAAAACAACAACAACAAGUACUUUUAUUAUUUACAUGCUGCCCAUCUGACUGGGUUGCCCCAACCACUCUGGACAGUUACCAACAAAACAUUAAAACCACAAUAAAGCACCAACCGUUAAAAACUUCUCUGAACAGGGCUGCCUUCGCUGGUCUUCUAAAAGUCAACUAGUUGUUUCUCUGUUUGAUAUCUGAUAGGAGAGUAUUCCACAGGGCGGGUGCCACCACUGAGAUGCCCCUCUGCUUGGUUCCCUGUAGUUUCACAGCUUGCAGUGAGGGAACCGUCAGAAGACCAUCGGGGCUGGACCUCAGUGUCCAGGCUGAAUGAUGGAGGUGGAGAUGCUUCCAAGGCCAUUAGGGCUACAGAGGUCAACAGCAACACUUUGAAUUUUGCUUAGAAAUGUACUGGAAGCCACUGUAGAUCCUUUAGGGCUGGUUUUAUAUGGUCCCAGCAUCAAUCUAUCCUAAAAGGCCACGGGCUAACAGCAGUUAAGGAAAAAGCAGCCACUCUCAGAAUUCAUGUCCCGGGAACGUCCGAAGAUGUACAUCCUACAGACCUAGCAGAAAGCUCCAUCCCAGACAUGGACGAGACCACACAGAACAGCUCUUCAGAGAACACACCUUUGCCUUCAUCUCCUUCUGCAUCACGUGGAAUGUUUUCAACCAUCAGUAGUGCCGUACAGAACACCGGCAAGAGCGUCUUAACUGGUGGCCUUGAUGCUUUGGAGUUCAUUGGCAAGAAAACUAUGAACGUCCUUGCAGAAAGUGAUCCUGGAUUUAAAAAAACCAAAACAUUGAUGGAACGAACUGUUUCCUUAUCCCAGCUGUUGCGAGAAGCCAAAGAGAAAGAGAAGCAAAGGCUGGCCCAGCAAGUGACAUUUGAAAGGACGGCACAUUAUGGGCUGCUGUUUGAUGAGUUUCAGGGUUUGUCUCAUCUGGAAGCUCUAGAAAUUCUGUCUAAUCAAAGUGAAGCCAAGAUACAAUCAUAUUUAACAUCCCUUGAAGGAGAGGAAUUGGAAAAAACAAAAGAUGCUUUAAUUGCUAUUAAAGCAAUCUUUCUUCCAGAAGAGUCAGAAAAUGAAGACAACGAAGGAAAGAAAGCAGAUGAGGGAGAUGAAUUUGUGACCAUGCUUACAGAAUUGCUCUUUGAAUUACAUGUAGCUGCCACUCCUGACAAACUUAACAAGGCUAGAAAGAAAGCUUAUGAUUACCUGGAAGAAGCUAGACUCCCUAAAUCUAUAGAAAAAAUGGAAGAGAACAGAGAAGAGAAAACGAAAGUAGAUGAAGCAAACCAAGAAGGUGAAGAAAAGCCUCAAACAGGUGAAUCUGGAGACACAGAAGAAACAAAGAACAAAACUGUAGAGGAAAUUUAUAUGUUGUCUAUUGAAAGCCUUGCCGAGGUAACAGCCCGUUGUAUUGAACAGCUCCACAAAUUAGCAGAAUUAAUCCUUCACGGGCAAGAAGUUGAGAAGCCUGCCUUGGAUCAAGCAAAAGUUCUGACAAAUUUAACAAGUACAAUGUGUAAUGAAGUUUCUUCCCUGUCGAAAAUUUUUGCUGAUUUCUUAACUUCAGUUGGGAGUGACAAAAAAGCCGAAGUCCUUAACCCAAUGGUCAACAGCGUAUUAUUAGAGGGUUGUAACAGCACCACUUACAUCCAAGAUGCUUUCCAGUUAUUGCUUCCAGUUCUCCAGAUCUCUCAUAUCCAGAAUGACUGUUCAAAAACACUACAGUGACCACUUUGCAUUUAAAGGAACCAUCAGUCUAAUAAUCUCUUGGUUGUGUUUACAGUUCAAAAAUAUGUCUGAUGCCUUUAAAAGACACUAAAUGCAGUUUUGCACAUGCAGAAUGAGUAACACUCUUGUAUUUAGGUAAACCUAUUUAAACAUACAGUUUUAUAAAGGGGGGGAACUCUCAUAUUCCUUGUAUUAAUUUAAGGUAAAACGUGUUUAUUUCUGUUUUAUUGGUUGAACUUCAUUUUGGGAUAUUGCUUUCCUAACUUGCAUCCCAUUUUGAAACAUUUGCACUGGCCUAUUUGUCCAGGGUGCCAGAAUGAAGUCUCCUGAUCCAAAAUCAGUGUAAAGAGCUGGGGCACAGUUUGUUACACUCCAAACUACAGUAAGUAGUCUGGGGAUUCAGCAGUUAGUAGGGUAGCUGUUCUCUGCAUGUGGAAAUGUAUGCAUGAAGGUGAGGCAGCAUCUCCUUAUUUAAGUUCAACUGCCCUUUUUCCAUACCAAUAGUUUCACGUAGCUUAAAUGUAACAGACAUUUUCUUGCCGUAACAGAAUCAUGAAUUAAUGACAGUGCUUCUUUCAUAGAUACAAAGUCACAACCUCGUCAUUUAGAUUGCUGAUUCAUUCAGAGGCCAGCAUGAAUCAAUGAUAGCAUCCAUUCAUGCUUGUAUGACAACCAUUGUGCAGAAUGCAUCAUGAGAUUGUCUGCACUUCCUGGUCUGGUCCAAGCUUUCUACUGCUGCUUCUCCCCAGUGGCAAUUUCCAAUAUGUAAGUGCUUUUUAGAAAGGUUGCCAUGCUAGUUUGUUGCUGCAAAAAUGACAGUGGCACUGUAAAGAUAGACAAAUUUAUUGUGGCAUAAGCUUUAAUGGACUAUAUACUACUUCAUCAAAUGUGUGAAGGUAUACACAUGGUUUUUAGAUGAGAGAAAAUGUUGACAGUGGGGGCAAACAAUAAUGAAAUGCAAAAUGUGCUGUCUGAAAAUUCAAUUAAGGCAUGAAUGUGUGCAAACUAAGCACACUGACAAUUCGCAAUAGCAAUAAGUGUUUGUGGCUGCCAAGCAGUGAAGUCCACCAAUUUCCACGUGCUACUCUGCCAUUACUAUUGACUUCAGGGUCUUUGUGGAAAAUUGUGAUUUAUCACUACUGUAGACACAGCGAUAGUGUUUGCUGCCUCAAAGUGGAGUGCUGCUGUCAUAUGCCAAACCAGUGCAUUAUUUAUGGUAGAGGUCCAGUCUCUGGUUUAGACGAGGCUAUUCAGAAAACUAAACUUACGUGCAAGUAUGGUGCCUUCCAUUAAGGCCCAAGGGCAGAUUGUUUGCUUGAGUCCUCACCUACCCAACUUAUUGACAAAUGUCAUUUUCUCACCUGGAAAAUAUGUGCAUAUAAUCGUUUUCUAAAAAUUGAUAUUUUACAUCAGAAGCAGUAUGUUAAGAUUUUAUGUUGCUAAAAUUCACAGACAAUUUUUUUAAAAAAUUCUCUUGUGAUGUAUAGCGCUUAUUGCGUCCUGCAUAUGGGAUUCUCCUUUCAUGUUUUAUCAACUAAUAUAAGCAUCAAUAAAGCUAAAGACAAUG